AUGUCCAAGAACGCUGCUUGGGGACCGGACCAGGCCCAAGACGAAGACGAGUUCAUCCCUGCAUCGGUUGAGAAGAACACGCAAGUUACGAGGCUUUCUGAUCACAUCUUCUCAGCCGACUUGUCGCCAGACCUAUGCGUUGGCUCUGUCCCCAAUGGCGGCUACGUUGCCUCCGUCAUUCUUAGAGUAGCCCAAGAGUAUCUCACACCCCAGAAUCAACCCGAUACUCUCAAGGUCCACAUCCAAUAUCUCAACCGCACGGAAGCCGGUCCGGCAUACCUCCUCGUCGAGGAAGCCAAAAUGGGCCGCAACAGCUCCGUCCUCCACAUCUCACUACACCAGCAGGGUCUCCUGGAAGCGCAUCCCUGGCUAGACCCGGCAUCCAAAUCCAAAGGCGAGGUGGUAUCCUACGUGACCAACACGAACCUCGACAACGAGCAGGGCCUCACCCUCAACACAGGAUGGAUACUACCCUAUGAGCCUGCCCCCGCAGACCUGGCCGUCAUCCAGCAAGGCAAGGACACCAAAUGGAAGCGUCUGCACAUCCCGCUCAUGAGUCGCGUAUCAAGCGUCAACACACUGGAGUAUUACUUCCAACGAAGUGGGCAUGCUGCUCCCUCGACGCAGGACUACUGGCUGCGCUUUGCGAACGGCGAGCCGUUUACCAAUAUCUCGUUGGGGUUUGUGGCGGAUGCUGCUGCUGCGUUGAUACCGGAGGCGUAUCGCCAAAGGGAUGGGAGUAAGCCGCUCAAGGAGGGGGAGAUUGCGUUUGAUCAGGCGUAUUGGUAUCCGACGGUGACGAUGGCCAUUGAGGUGAAGAAGAAGUUGGCUGCUGAGGGGGAGGAGUGGUUGCGGAUGAGGGCGGCGAGCAAGGCGAUUAGCAAUGGGAGGUCUGAUAUGGAGAUUGUGCUGUUUGAUGCGAGGGGCGAUUUGGUGGCGUUGAGUCAUCAUGUUUGUAUGGCGGUGGACUUUUCUAGGAAUAUUAAAGAACGGAGGAGGCCGCAGGAGAAAAUCUGA